CGAAUCGAUGACAUCCAAGGAGAACCACUCACACACCACGUCACCGUGUAUCACAGUGGACGAUCAGAUGAACCUGCUCCGAAACCCGACGAGGAACACAUCGGUUUUGCUGAUGCCGCGAAGGCAUUCGGUGAUAAAAUUACCGGGUUAUUCAAGAAAGGUGCAGCUCAUCUUGACUAUCCUGUAUCAGAAUUGUACGAAGGUCCACUUGAGUGUACACAACGAAUCGAUGACAUCCAAGGAGAACCACUUACACACCACGUCACCGUGUACCACAGUGGACGAUCUGAUGAUUCUGCUCGGACGCUAGAAGAGGCAUGCACUGAUCUCGUCUAUCUUUCUGACGCCGAACGGAUCACCCCAGUGUUCAAAAGGGGUCCAGUUGUCCUUGAUUAUCCUGUAUCAGAUGUCUACGAUGGUGCAUUGGAAAAUAUGUCACGUACGAUCGACAUUGAUGCAGUACCUCUUACUCAUCAUGUGAGAGUUUUUCACGAAGAUGGUCAAACCUUAGGUAGUUAUUCAAAUGUGCAUGAUCUUAGGAAGCGUCCAACCACUUUGAAAGAAGAUGUAGAUGUAAGCCCUGAUAAACAUCGUAAUAAAAUCGAUCUCGAUGUGUUCUUCUCUGUAAAAUCUCAUGAAGAACAGAAAGAGCCCAACAAUUUAUACAUGAAUCGUGAACAGUCGGACGAGGAGGGACCUGUAUUUUUGAGUGCUAACAAUCUCGAACGAGACCAAAUGCCUGUGGGAUUUUCCGUUUCGAUUAGUGCUCGGCAACCAGAUGACCGUAAAAGUCCUGAGCAGUUCUCUUCUACUCUGAGAGAAUUGUCAUCAGACAAACGGUAUUUGCGUGAUCAUUCUCUGAGAGGCGAACGUGGUCAGAGGCAUCGACUUUCACCACACACAUGGACAACUGUUCGAGAGCGUACUGAGGUUACAUAUGUAAGGAAGGUUCGUGUAGAGCGAUCGCUUAGCCCAAGAACUCCAUCACGCUCCAGUUUCAUCAGGAGAGUCCCAUACAAGCCAAAUGCUGAGUUUUCGAAUGGUGCGUAUUCAUGCAGAUCGACGAACUUUGAUGAGCGUGUUAUGGUGCACCACCCGAUCUAUCCACCGAAUGAGCCACUCUACCGCAGCGUUACGCAAUAUGGUGACUCACUCAACGGUCGCUACCGAUCAUACAGCCCAGUUCGUGAAGUGGCUGCAUUUGACUGUACGGAGUGGGUCGAUCGCCAUCCAAAUUACAUACCACCGAAUAGAAGAUCAGAGGAAAUCUUCACUGUCGGCACACCAUUUAUAAUGGGGCAGGUGGAGCAUGACGGCAAAGGAUGUGCUUAUCUUCGCUAUCAGAGUAGUGGAUUACACGAGCGCCCGCCACUAAUAGAAAGGCUCAAUGAUUUGCCGAUGAUCGAAGAAGGUGCCAUUGAGUGUCGCCGAGCAACAGUGCGAGCUGGAUUACGCAAUAUGGACGCUGUCAGAUUGGUCCAAGACGAAGAAGAUCUCGAACGAAGACAACGACCAAUUAGACGUGCUCGUCAACGUAUUCGUAGCUAUUGUACAAUGCUUUAG